AUCAGACAUUUUCAGUCGAUACUCCCCCCGCCCAUGCACCCGCUGCAGCCAAUCACAGCGAGCCACCCUCGACUCACCCUUAUCCCGACCAAUCACCGCUCAGAAACCUGGCGACACUAUGGUUAGGGGUGCGCUUUUCAAUAAACAAUGAAAAUUGGACUUAAACAAGCUGUUCAGAGGGUUGAUUUUCGAGAGGUGAGUAAAUUUAAUAAAAUGUUAGCAUGAAAAUAUGAAUUUGUAUUUUGAUUUAGUACAGCUCGCGACGCGAUAGGUUCAGGUUCUGACCAGAGUGUGCUAGUGCUUCUAAAGAAGGUGCUGCGGUGGCAGGGGCUGUUUUCUAGAUAAGCGAGGGUGCCAGGUAUCAAGAUUCAUUUCCCGCUGAUGUCAUACGGAAGCGACACGUCGCACGUUUGGAGCGGAUCUGCAGGCAGUGAGGUGUCCCCAUACGGUCCGCUGUGGGACGCGCCUCCCGCGUCGGUACCCUACCCCGACAUCCUGGCGUUCCCGCCGGCCGACCUGGUGUGGUCGGCGGCGGGAUGUGGCCGCGGCCCGUCGCGCGCGUCCUCCGGCGGCAAGAAGCCGCGGCGUCGCGUCGCGUCUGUCGCGCAACGUCGCGCGGCAAACAUAAGGGAGAGGCGACGGAUGUUUAAUCUGAAUGAGGCCUUUGACAAGUUGAGGAGAAAGGUCCCGACGUUUGCGUACGAGAAACGUCUCUCCCGUAUCGAAACCCUCCGUCUUGCCAUCACGUACAUCAGCUUCAUGUGUGAGCUCCUGCACGGAUCUCCGCAACCGCAUCAUGCACCACCUAUACAGAGGCACGUCUUUGAUGGAGAUGUGCCGUGGUGCGGUUAA